CGUGACCACGUAGAAACAAGAAACUUGGCGAUGCGCUCCGGCGAGUUUUACUUCCCCUGUGUAGGGGUGUUUGCCAGCAGCCUGUGGUUGCUCUCAGAAGUCAGUUCCAGGGGCAUGAGCUCUUGAGGCCAGAGCCUUACCAUGCUGCUCUGCAGGAAGUCCAGGAACUGCUGACAUCCCCCUGGACAGCGACUCACGUCCCCUCUCAAGAAAAAUGGACAAGCUGAAUAAGAUAACUGUCCCUGCCAGCCAGAAGCUGAGACAGCUUCAAAAGAUGGUUCACGAUAUUAAGAACAACGAGGGUGGAAUAAUGGACAAGAUCAAAAAGCUAAAAGUCAAAGGACCUCCAAGUGUUCCUCGAAGGGACUACGCACUAGACAGUCCUGCGGAUGAAGAGGAGCAGUGGUCAGAUGACUUUGACAGUGACUAUGAAAACCCAGAUGAACAUUCGGACUCCGAGAUGUACGUGAUGCCCGCAGAGGAGACGGGCGACGAUUCCUAUGAGCCGCCUCCCGCCGAGCAGCAGACGCGGGUGGUCCAUCCGGCUCUGCCCUUCACGAGGGGCGAGUAUGUAGAUAAUCGAUCCAGCCAGCGGCACUCUCCACCCUUCAGCAAGACACUUCCGAGUAAGCCCAGCUGGCCUUCAGCAAAAGCAAGGCUGGCCUCCACCCUGCCAGCCCCCAACUCUCUACAGAAGCCUCAAGUGCCCCCCAAGCCCAAAGACCUCCUUGAAGAUGAGGCUGAUUAUGUGGUUCCUGUGGAAGAUAACGAUGAAAACUAUAUCCAUCCCAGAGAGAGCAGUCCACGGCCUGCUGAGAAAGCCCCCAUGGUGAAUAGAUCAACCAAGCCAAACAGCUCCUCAAAGCACGUGUCGCCUCCAGGGCCUGUUGCAGGUCGAAACAGUGGGGUCUGGGACUCCAAGUCAUCUUUGCCUGCCGCACCAUCCCCACUGCCACGGGCUGGGAAGAAAUCAUCGACCCCACUUAAGACUACUCCUGUUCCUCCCCUACCGAACACAUCAAAUGUUUGUGAAGAAAAGCCUGUUCCUGCUGAGCGCCACCGAGGGUCUAGUCACAGACAAGACACUGUACAGUCACCAGUGUUUCCUCCCACCCAGAAACCUGUCCAUCAAAAGCCUGUACCCCUGCCAAGGUUCCCAGAAGGGGGCAGCCCAGCUGCAGAUGGACCGUUACCUAGCUUCCCAUUUAAUUCUACUCUUGCAGACCAGGAGGCUGAAUUGCACGGUAAGCCCUGGUAUGCUGGCGCCUGCGACCGCAAGUCUGCCGAAGAGGCCUUGCACAGAUCUAACAAGGACGGAUCAUUUCUUAUUCGGAAAAGUUCUGGCCAUGAUUCUAAGCAGCCGUACACACUAGUUGCGUUCUUUAACAAGCGAGUAUAUAAUAUUCCUGUACGGUUUAUUGAAGCAACCAAACAGUAUGCUUUGGGAAAGAAGAAAAAUGGUGAAGAGCAAGUGCUUUGUCCACUGAGCCGUCUCCUCAUCUCCUAUUUCCACCUGGUAAGGGAAAUCUGAUAUCAUUAUUAGUCCAAGAAAACCUAUAGAUGAAAGUUGAAAUGCCAAAGCCAAUCAAAGUUGUAAGAGUCAAGGUCAUGAACUAGCGUUCCAAAAUCAAGGCCUAGGAACUCAACUCUGGCCCUGAGUUAGGUGACCAGGGAAGUACUUGAGAAUUCAGAACUUGAUCUGAAACAUUAGGCUAUAAGUCUUGGGCCGAGAUGAGCUUAUGUAAUGAAAUACAUAGGCCUUAAAUAACCAACAGAAAUGUCAUUAAUUCGGAGCAAAAUAGCAGCUCAGUGUGUUUCUGUACAGCUAGCCUGUCCCCAUAAAGGAAUCGUGGAGUGAGUGUGAGGAAGAAUUGCCCAUUGUCUUUGUCAGUGAUCUAUCGCCGUGAGGUGACACGAUAUAUGACCAAGGCAACUCUUACAAAGGAAAGCAUUUAACUGGGGUCUUGCUUAAAGUUUCAGAGGUUUAGCUCAUUCUUACCGUGGUGGGGAGCGUGAGGGGCAGUAACUAAGAGCUAUGUCCCGAUCUGCAGUUGAAGGGAGCAGUGCUGAGCCUAGCGUGGGGCUUUUGAAACCUCAAAGCCCACCACCAGUGACACACUUCCGCCAAGUGCACUCCUCCUUGGCCUUUUCAAAUAGUGCGACUCCCUUAUGACCAAGCAUCCAAAUGCAUGGGCCUAAAGGUGCCAAUCUUCUUCAAACCACCACACGCAUGAAUGGUCCAGAAAGGAAUGCUUAUUCUCACCUUGAAUGAUGGGUUGAAUUUGAAUCUGUGGAAUGAAAGAUAGAGGAAGGAAAAAAAAAGGUAGAAAGGAUGGUUUAAACAGAGAAAGGAGCACCAACAAGGUUCUAAUGAAGAGACAGAUGGGAAUGAGAGCAAGUAGCACUUACCUGCAUGGCCAAUGCUUGGGAAGAUGAGGCUAGAAGAUUGUGAGUUCAAGUUCAUACUGGGCUUUAAAGUGAAGAUCUACCUCAAAUUUUAAAAUGGAAGAAGGAAGGGAGAAAGGAAG